GUCCAGAGGCAGAUCCAGGAGGAGCUGGACAGUAAGAUUGGGGUGGACCGGUCCCCCAAGCUUAGUGACAGAGCCAGUCUGCCCUACCUGGAGGCCACCAUCAGGGAGGUGCUAAGGAUCCGUCCUGUGGCCCCUCUGCUCAUCCCUCGUGUGACCCUCAGUGACACAAGCCUUGGAGACUUUAUAGUGAGGAAAGGAACCCACGUCAUCAUCAACAUGUGGUCUCUGCACCAUGAUGAGAAGGAAUGGGAAAACCCUGAGCUCUUUGACCCUGGGCGGUUCCUGAACAGUGAUGGCACAGGUCUGAUCACCCCAUCACCCAGCUAUCUGCCAUUUGGUGCAGGUAUCAGGGUGUGUCUGGGUGAGGCCUUGGCCAAGAUGGAGGUCUUUCUCUUUCUGUCUUGGAUCCUACAGCGCUUCACUCUCUCUGUCCCACCAGGCCACUCUGUGCCCAGUCUGGAAGGCAAAUUUGGUGUGGUCCUCCAGCCGGCCAAGUACAAGGUGAAUGCUACGCCCAGACCAGGCUGGGAGAGAAAGCAGUGCCAGGCGUAAUGAGCUUUGCCCCAUGCUCUUGCAGUGGUGGCUCUCAGUUAGGGUGUGAGAGUCUGUCAGGCUUGUUUCAUCUUAACAUACAUCAUCAGGAAGGAGAUCAAGCAUGCACCAGUGAACUAGACAAGUAAAA